AUGGGCGUCAAAGGAAUUCGUACGGCUCUCAAAGUCGAUCUCGAUAAGCCUGCUUGGGAGCAACCGGGCUUACAUAAUCGCUGGCAUCCAGAUGUGCCGGCCUAUGGCAAGGUCGCCAACAACGAAGUGGUCAAGAUCGAAUGUCUCGAUUGGACCGGUGGCCAGAUCAAGAACAAUGACUCUGCCGACGAUAUUAAGAACGUCGACCUAACGCAAAUCCACUAUCUCUCCGGUCCAUUUGAGAUUGAGACGGCCGAACCCGGAGAUGUCCUGCUUGUUGAAAUCCAAGACGUCCAGCCGUUCGAGGACCGGCCCUGGGGCUUCACGGGAAUCUUCAGUCCCCAUAAUGGUGGAGGGUUCCUGGACGAGAUCUAUCCUGAACCCGCCAAAGCAAUCUGGGACUUCGAGGGAAUCUUCUGUUCUUCACGACACAUCCCCCACGUGCGGUUCGCAGGCCUCAUCCACCCAGGUAUUCUGGGUUGCGCUCCCUCAGCCGAGGUCCUCGCCGAGUGGAAUCGUCGUGAAGGCGAACUGAUCGCCACGAACACCAGGGGCCGCGAUGUCGCAAAGCCCCCCGAACCGAAGAAUGUCCAUGCCGGCAGUGCGGACGAGGACCUCAAAGCCAAGAUCGGCAGAGAAGGCGCAAGGACAAUCCCCGGCCGUCCCGAACACGGAGGAAACUGCGACAUCAAGAACCUCUCCCGCGGCUCCAAAGUCUACCUCCCCGUGCACGUCCCAGGGGCCAAAUUCUCCGUUGGCGACCUCCACUUCUCGCAGGGCGACGGGGAAAUCUCAUUCUGCGGCGCCAUCGAGAUGGCGGGUGUCAUAACGCUCAAGUUCACCGUCAUCAAAGACGGGAUGGCGAAGAUGGGGAUGAAGUCUCCCAUCUUCCACCCGGGCCCUGUGGAACCCCAGUUCGGGCCCGGCCGGUAUCUGACGUUCGAAGGGUUCUCCGUUGAUGAGCACGGUAAGCAGCAUUAUCUGGAUGCGACGGUUGCGUAUCGCCAGACUUGUCUGCGGGUCAUUGAGUAUCUUCGCCGCUAUGGGUACAGUGAUUAUCAGAUCUAUCUGCUGUUGAGCUGCGCCCCUGUUCAGGGACAUAUUGCGGGGCUCGUGGAUAUUCCUAAUGCGUGCACGACGUUGGGAGUGCCGAUGGACAUUUUCGAUUUUGAUAUCCGGCCUGAGGCAGAGGUGGUGAAGAUGGAUAUGGGAAGCUGUGCCUUUGCCAGCAAGUGA